UUUCAUAAGAUAUGACAUAAGAUUUUUGACAAGAAAUUAGGCUAACAUGAAGUUCCUCUUUUCAUUAACUUCUCAUUAUUUACAGUCAUCGAGAAGCAUCCUUUCUGAAUCAAAGGAUGAGUAAAAUGUCUGAGGAAGUUGUCUACUCGGAGGUCGUAUUUGUGAAGAAAAAUGAGGAUGACAAUAAUAAUCCAGAUCAGUGUCAAUUAGCUUCUCAAAAGACCAAACCGUGUGGUUGUGACAGUGUUCGACUGUUUCUAAUGGCUCUCUGUGCUCUCCUCACGGUUGGACUGAUAGCGUUCAGCUUCCAAUAUGUAUAUACAGAGAAAAAGCUUAAAGAUCUUCAGCAGCUCCAAUCUGCACUGAAUGAGAAUCUCACAGCCGUACUUCACUGGCAACAAAAUCUGUCCAAGGCUCUGAAUGACAAUGCGUGUCCAGAGGAUUGGGAGUAUCAUGCAGGAAAAUGUUACCUCUUCUCAACAAACAUACUGACUUGGACUGCGAGUCGAGAUAGCUGUAUCACAGCUGGCGGUCAUCUGGUGAUCAUAAACAGUGAAAACGAACAGGAGUUUCUGAUGAGAAUUGUAAAGAUGAAAAAGGAAGAUUUCUGGAUUGGCCUGACAGAUGAGAAGGAGGAGGGUCAAUGGCUAUGGGUAGACAACACAAAACCGAGUAAAAGCUACUGGAUGAAAACUGAACCAGAUGACUGGAAAGGACCUUAUGGAAAGAACUACAAUGGAGAGGACUGUGUUAUUAUCAGACCAGAGUACAAUCAGUAUCUUAGCUGGUCUGAUGCAUUCUGCAGAAAAUCAUUCUACAGAAUAUGUGAGACCAGAUCUUCCAGACAAACAUAGUGGCCAUGGAAAGCUAUGUAUGGCAUUGGAUUAUUUGGAAAAUGUGUAUGUCUGCAGUAAGUGGAUCAAAAUAUUUCAUCAAAGUUGUCCUAAGAAGAAGGUUAUAAGACAACUUUGAUGUAUGGUUUUGAUCCACUUCAAAUGUUGACUACUGUAUUUAGGGGCACUUAAGCCCCGGUUGUUUUUGUUCUUACAUCUUUUGUUCUUCUGGCUGGGAGUGUGUGUAGACAGCUUUGCAGUCUCCUACUCAAACUCACUUCUGCUUGUAAGUUUUGAGGCCUUGAGACCUUCAUAGUUCAGUGAAGUCCGUGAAUUUGAAUCUCAGCUCUUUGAACUGGCCAUUUUGAAUUUUGAAAAUAGUUCACUGCUCUUACAAUUUUUUUUUCCAGUCUUCACCAAAGCUGGUUCAAUGUGACUUUCAUGCAAAAGUUAGUGGAUUUAAAAUGUUUCAAAUAGCUUCCAUUCAACUUGAUGUCUGUCAAACACGUUAAGAUUGGUGAUAUUCUAAGUCAUUUUUGUUCUGGAUGUUUCCUAACUAAAAUGAUCUAACAUCUAUAACACAGGACCAUAGGGGAGAAAAAACAAACAGAAAAACCAAAAUGGGUUGUAUGACAACCUGCCCAGUGUUAUAUGGUGCCAUCUCGAGGGGUAACUUACCAUUAGCUAAUAUGUAAAUUAAUUAAUUUCAAAUAUUCACAUAAAAGUAAAAAAAAAAAAAAAAAAAAAAGUCAUGCACAAUUUGCACAACCCAUUUCUAUAUCUUGAUUUGUGCCAGAUUGAUGAGAAUGCAUUUUCCAUAAACCAAAUAGGAAAAUGUUUAAUAACCAAAAUGUGUGCAUGUGUUGCACAGGUUUCAAUGUUAUGAAACAGUACUUCCAUUCCAAUGCCAAGUUUUGUCAUUAAUUAAGCCCACACUUUAGCCCACAACUGAACUACAAUUGUAUGAAAGGUCCUUCACAUAUAUAUAUAUAUAUAUAUAUAUAUAUAUAUAUAUAUAUAUAUAUAUAUAUAAAAUAUAAAUAAAAUGUCAUGCAUUUGCAAUUCCAAAACCAAAAUGUAUCUUUUACAAGAUAUAUUUGCUUUUGCAAAAUAAAUUUGUCCUCCUAUGUAUAAAAUCAAUUGCAAGGAAAAAUAAAUAAAUAAAUAAUUUUUUAGAAAACUAAUUUUUUUUCUAAAUAUAUGGUCACAUGACAUUUUGCAGUUAUAAGUACAUGCAAUUAUUUUUUAAAAUCACCAGCAAGGCGCUGUGAAAAACAGAACUACUCUUAUAACUUUUAUAUCAUUGAUGUGCUUGACUGCGCAAUCUGAGACUGGAAUAAGUGAAUUAAGUAUGUAUGCUUCAUGUGUUUCUGUGCAAAAUGCAAGUGAAGAGAGUUGUUUUUAUUAUCUCUCAAGAAAAUAAAGAGACUUGCAGAA